AUGUUCUCAGGAUCUAUUCCGUCCUCGGUUUGUCAUCACCCUUCUCCUUUGAUUAGGGUAUUGGAUUUUUCCUUUAAUCUAUUCAAUGGCAGUUUGUCCAGUGGGCUAGGAGAGUGUUCCAAACUGGAAGUUUUUCGUGCUGGGUACAAUAACAUCUCAGGAAUACUUCCAGAAGAUAUUUACAACAUUGCCAAACUUGAAGAAUUUGCAAUGCCUUUCAAUUCACUUGAUGGAGUCAUUGGAGAUAGAAUCGUGAAUCUAACCAACCUUGCAAUUCUUGACCUCCACGUCAACCAAUUGAGGGAUAUGCUUCCUCUCAAUUUUGGUAAUCUCACCAAGUUGAAACUCUUGCUCCUCCAUUGGAACAAUCUUGAAGGUUUUCUACCCCCAUCUUUGAUGAAUUGCACGAACCUUAUAGAACUGAAUCUAUUAGGCAAUCAGUUCCAGGGGGAUAUUUCCACGCUUAAUUUCUCAAAACUUACUCAACUUGCUAUACUUGAUCUCCUCUCCAAUAACUUGAAUGGCAGUUUGCCUAUGAGUCUUUAUUCAUGCAAGUCCCUGAAAGCAAUUCGGCGUGGUAUAAAUGAUAUAGAGGGACAAAUACAACCUGAGAUUCUAUCAUUGAAAUCCUUGUCUUUCCUCUCUAUUUCUCAUGGUAGAUUGAGCAAUAUCACAAAGGCAAUAAACAUUCUGAAGCAUUCCAAAAGUCUUGUAUUCUUAUCCUUUGUAUUUAGUUUUGAAGCAGACGAGGAAAGUCCAGCUGAUUUCGGCAUAACUCAUUUUGAAGGGUUUCAAAGUCUUCGAUUCUUGAACUUGCGUGGUUGUAACCUCGCCAGUGAGAUUCCUAAAUGGUUAUCGAAGGUCAAGAAUCUAGCAGUCUUAAGUUUAGCUGAUAAUAAAAUCACAGGGUCAGUUCCAAAACUGAGGCACAACAGCUUCUAUGGAAGUAUACCUGUCGAAAUCGGCCAACUGGACCGUCUCCAAAGCUUGUGGCUUAACCACAACAACUUCACCGGCAACAUCCCCACCCAAAUUUCUGACCUCAAAAACUUGAAUGCUUUGCAACUCUCCGAGAAUCAUUUGUCUGGACAUAUCCCAUCAUCAUUGAGUAGUCUAAACUUUUUGUCAAAUUUCAACGUCUCCUUCAACAAUCUGGAAGGGCAAAUACCAAAAGGCACUCAAAUCCAAGGUUUUGAUGUAUCUGCAUUUGAAGGGAACCCCAAACUUUGCGGUUGUCCGCUUCCAAAUGAGUGCCAUGCAAAUAAGGGGCUUGAUGAUCAAGAUAUGGACAACAACUACAAGCAUCGAACUCCAUGGUUUUAUGUUCCUGCCGGGCUCGGGUUCGUUGUAGGAUUCUGGGGAGUCUGGUUCAUUGAUUUUCAACAAGACAUGGAGAUAUGCCUACUUCCGAUUCAUAGAAAAGGUACAAGAUAA